AUGCCUACAGAUACAGACCCUCAACCAGGUCCGGAGGAAGCCAAUCUCCAUGUAUUGAGCUUUUCUCGUCUUCUAAAUGGCGACAAAAGUGAGCUGGCGAACUUGUUGUCCGCCUGUGAACAUCAUGGUUUCUUCUACCUUGAUCUUCGUGAUUGGGAGUCUGGGAGGAUGCUGCAGAGUCUGGAGGCAUCUUGGCGAAUCAUGAAGCCGUGGUUCGAUCAACCAUUAGUGGAUAAGUUGAAAACGGAGACGAUAUCUGACGCUCAUGGAUUCAAACCACCAGGUGUACAGUCAGGAGUUAACGAAAACUCGCGGGAUGGAUUUGAGGCCUUGAGGAUUAGCCGUGUUGGCCUUCUCAACCGCUCCAACCUUCCAGAUGUGGUCCAAGAGAACAUGGAUCUUUUUGAAACCUUUCAGCUCUCUGCUCAUUACGUGCUCAAGACCCUUCUGGAAAGCUUGUCUGAUGCCGUUGGGCUCACGGGAAAUGGGCGUUUUGAGAGCUAUCAUCCGGACGAGUUGCCUUCGAAGAGUACCCUGUUCUUCCUCCACCAUCCCGUCAGCGAGGCACUCGAGGACAAGACAGCUCGCGGCCACAACGCGCACACGGAUGUCGGCUCCUUUACCCUCCUCUUCACCGAGCAGCCAGGCUUACAGGUGCUAUCACCCAAUACCAACAGGUGGGAAUAUGUAGUUGCAAAGCCGGGUCAUGCAAUCAUCAACGUUGCUGAUACACUUCGCUUCAUCUCCAAGCGGCGCUUCAGAUCAGCCAUGCACCGGGUGCUACCCCCCGGUGGGAAGAUGUCCAAGGAUAGGUACUCGGCAGCCUACUUUCUCCGGGCCAGUGACAGUGCAGUCUUUAAGGGAAUUGAUGGGGAAGAGGUGACAGCGGAGCAGUGGUUUCUCAGCAAGUAUAGCAGCUUUAACAAAACUCUGCAAGAGCAACGCCUGGAUUCCGUUGCAACUGGCGGUAUGGACAAGGACCUUGGUGUAUUUAUUUGA